AAAUGCAGUAAGCAUCUUAACAAUAAUAAAGUUCAUGGUCAAAUAAUGAAGAAGUAACUGUACUAUAAUUUAGAAUGACUUAGAAUAAAAUGCAGAUGGAAAUUUAAACAAACAUUAAGAAGGAUCACGAAAAAAGAAGAAACAAGAUGAACAUAAAUAAUUUGAGGAAAGAUUGAAAAAUAUUCCUAUGAGCUAAAAACCGGAUUCUAAAGUAUAUCCAGAAGAAUGGGUGAAUAAGUGGAAAUAACUGUUGCUAAAAUAACAAAAUAAGAAAUGAC